CAAUAUUCAACAAGGAAGAGGACAUUGCCACCUACACAAUUAGAGCUGUGGAUGACCCAAGAACUUUAAACAAAAUCCUCUAUGUUAGACCUCCUAAAAAUAUUUACUCUUUCAAUGAUCUUGUCACUCUUUGGGAAAAUAAAAUUGGCAAAACCCUCCACAAGAUCUAUGUUCCAGAGGAUCAAGUGCUCAAGAACAUUUCAGAGGCUGAAUAUCCCCUAAACAUGAGGCUAUCACUUUAUCAUUCAGUUUUUGUGAAGGGAGAUCAUACCUAUUUUGAUAUUGAUCCAUCAUUUGGAGUGGAAGCCACAGAACUAUAUUCAGAUAUUAAAUAUACAACUGUAGACCAAUUUCUCAAUCAAUUUGUUUAAAUACCCCAAAAGAAAUUAAAACUUUGUAUCUCCUUCCCAUCUAACUAAUUUAAUUAAAUAAGUGAUGGAAGACUUUAUGGCUCUCCCUCUUUGGUGUGUUCUGUAUUAUGUGAAGUGAAUUUGGGUUUAUAGGCCCUCUUCUUC